AAGCUGGUGGAGCCCUCCAAGAAGCUGCAGGAGAACAUCUGCUCUCGUCAUGAUGAGGUGAUGAAGAUUUUCUGUCGCACUGAUCAGCAGUGUAUCUGUUAUCUCUGCUCGAUGGAUGAACAUAAAGGCCACGACACAGUGUCAGCUGCAGCAGAAAGGACUGAGAGGCAGAGAGAGCUGGAGGUGAGUCGACAAAACAUCCAACAGGGAAUCCAGGACAGAGAGAAAGAUGUGAAGCUGCUCCAACAGGAGGUGGAGGCUAUCAGUCGCUCUGCUGAUAAAGCAGUGGAGGACAGUGAGAAGAUCUUCACUGAGCUGAUCCGUCUCAUGGAGGAAAGACACUCUGAUGUGGAGCAGCAGGUCAGAUGGCAGCAGGAAACUGAAGUGAGUCGAGUCAAAGAGCUUCAGGAGAAGCUGGAGCAGGAGAUCACUGAGCUGAAGAGGAAAGAUGCUGAGCUGGAGGAGCUCUCACACACAGAGGAUCACAACCAGUUUCUACACAACUAUCCCUCACUGUCAGCACUCAGUGAAUCCACACACUCAUCCAGCAUCAACAUCCGUCCUCUGAGCUACUUUGAGGAUGUGACAGCAGCUGUAUCAGAAGUCAGAGAUAAACUACAGGACGUUCUGAGGGAGACAUGGACAAACGUCUCACUGACAGUGACUGACGUGGAUGUUUUACUGCCAAACCCAGAGCCCAAGCCCAGAGCUGGGUUCUUAAAAUAUUCAUGUGAAAUCACACUGGAUCCAAACACAGCACAUAUAGAGCUGUUAUUAUCUGAAGGGAACAGAGAAGUAAUAGUAAUGAAAAAGCAACAGUCUUAUCCCAGUCACUCAGACAGAUUCACUUCAUGUUUUCAGGUCCUGAGUAGAGAGAGUCUGACUGGACGUUGUUACUGGGAGGUGGAGUGGAGCGGGAGAGGAGUUGAUGUAGCAGUCGCAUACAAGAACAUCAGCAGAGUGUGGGGCUUGGAUGAAUGUGGUUUUGGAUGCAAUGACAAAUCUUGGUCGUUAGAUUGUGACUCAAACAGUUAUAAAUUUUGGUACAACAGUGUUAAAACUCUCGUCUCAGGUCCUCAGUCCUCCAGAGUAGGAGUGUACCUGGAUCACAGUGCAGGUAUUCUGUCCUUCUACAGCGUCUCUGGAACCAUGACUCUCCUCCACAGAGUCCAGACCACAUUCACUCAGCCUCUCUAUGCUGGAGUUUUAUUACAUGAUUAUGGAGACACUGCUGAGUUGUGCAAACUCAAAUAGACAGAAGUCAUUUAAGGGUUAAAUCCUGUGUAUUAAUUCUUAUUCAGUCUCCAUGUUUGUUGCUGAGAGCUGAUUGUUGUGGCGUCUCUUCACUGCACUGAGAUCAGCUGUCAGUCAAACAUUAUGGGCGGUACUUUGACGUCUUCUCCUGAGUUGUUGU